UUGCGUUUAUUCCUGUUAAAAUGCAGUGGACUUUAAACUGACCACAGGUGUCCAGCUCUUUUAUAAUUUGCUCAUACUAUAGGUAUUGCUUGAUUUUAGUUGUUUGUAACAAUCUAGACAGCGCUAAAUCAUGUCUUUGGGUGUUAAGAGUGAUUUAUGGUGGUUCAAGUUCAAUUGACUUUGUUAUCAAAAACGGAGGUGUUUACCGUGACUGGGAGAGUUAGUUGCAUUUGGUUGUGCACAAGGCAAAAUGACAAUGGAUGCAGAGAAGUUAGAGCUUCAAGAAUUGGACAAAACAUUACUACAGAAGACGGAAGCUAAGCCUCAGGGCAAAUAUGUGAGAGUGAUCCAGCCCUGUGUUGCCGAGCUGGUGGGCACAAUGUUUUUUGUCUUCAUUGGCUGCGUGUCUGUAAUUGAGAAUGUAGAGACUGCGGGCAGACUACAGCCAGCGCUCGUACAUGGUUUGGCAGUGGCUGUGUUGGUAGCAUGUAUGGCAGAAAUCAGCGGUUCACAUUUCAACCCCCCCUUUACCAUUGCUAUCUAUUUAUGUGGUGGAAUGCAAAUGGCAAUGGUUGUUCCCUACAUUAUCAGUCAGCUUAUCGGUGGUGUACUGGGAGCAGCUAUGUCAAAGGUUAUGACAUCACAUGAGAACUACAUGAAUGCCACUGGGGCAGCGUUUGAUAUUCUUCAAUCUGAUGACCAACUGGGGAAGGCUGUCUUUGCUGAAAUUACCAUGACGUGUCUGGUUACUAUGGUGGUGCUACUGGGGGCAGUGAAUGGGAAGAGCAAAAGUCCCAUGGUGCCAUUUAUGGUGGGCUGCACAGUUAUUAUUAAUGUUCUGGCAGGAGGUGAUGUUUCAGGUACGUGUUUGAACCCUGCAAGAGCUUUUGGGCCUGCUUUGAUGGCUAACCACUGGACUUAUCACUGGGUAUACUGGGUCGGCCCAGUCGGGGGAGGUCUGGUUGCUGCUGGUCUGGUUAGGCUUCUGCUUGGAGAUGAAAAGAUGCGAGUGAUACUGAAAUAAUAUAGUAGUGAUUUAACAUGUUUAUAAUUUCAUACAAAAAUAAAGAAGAAAUAGUUUAUAUUUUUAACAAUAACAAAUUGAGUCACUGUUCUUGGUGUAAAUAAAUACUGGUGUCGUUCAAGGCUUGCUUACCAUUUUUCAUUUUCCCAGUAGAGGUCAGUAAUGUACUUUCACUAUAGUGUUACAUUUAACGCAUUUUGAUAAUGUUUACCACAACUCUUAAUAAUCGAAAUAACCCAAUUAUGUCACAUUUGGGAAUAUUCAGCCAUGUUUUCGUAUAAAAAUAUAUAUUUGUUGUUUUUGUAAGUAUUAUAUAGAAUAAUUACUGCACUCUUAAUAAUGCUGCGUUGGUUUUAACCAUGCUGUAGGUAAAUAUUGAAAUGUCCUGCAUUUUGCGUUAUUUUAAUUACUAUUUUCGAAUAAUUAUUUUUUUGUUGCGAAAUUAAACUUCUGAAAAAUUAACUUUUGAUAGACGUACUAAUUUUAAGUUGACUAACAUGACAGACAGGGUGGCUUGAACUCCUCUAAAAAGAGUCUAUAACCGCCCCUGGACAGAACACUGCUGGGUUACAACUACCAAAUGCUGCAGUUGUAACCCAACUAUGGGUGGUAACAACCCAGAAGUUAGCUUGAAACACUUUUAAUAUUUUGUAAUAAAUUAUCUUCAAUAAAGAUGUGUUGUAGGUUUUUAUAGAACUUUUCCUAGACUAUUCAAAAGUUAUAGUUUUGCAAACGCCAUGCCGGGUACCAUAGACGCAACAAGUUUAAUAUUAUACAUUGGAAUAAUGUUUGUUUUUUGUCCACAAAAAAUGCGAAAACAUUAGAAUGUGUAGAUGGAAGGACAUUGCACCCACAAACGUCACAUCAACACGUGUUUUUCAAGUGACUCUUGACUCUAAACAUUGGUGUCAUUUACACUGGGGACGCUGGGGACAUGUCCCCACCACUUUUUGAAAUGGCUGAUUUU